CAGAAACGAGGCGACAUCAUAAGAUGAGAUUCAAACAAUAUUUUUCAGAUCCCUAAAAAGAGUUUUUUCCAUACAAAUUAUUGUAGAAGAUAUGUUUUGCACAUCUGAUAAUGUUUGUACAAUAAUUCCUGUACAUUUUGUUUGGAAAACAGAUGUCGAUGGACAAUGUUCAAGAAUUCUCUGAACACCCGGAUUUCGAGAUCCAGACGACCGAAGCUCGGCUUCUUCAUGCUUCUGAGUACGGCAAAUGCAACCUUCUGUAUAAUUUAUUAAAGAGUUAUGAACACAAUGAAGAGUUUAAUAUCGAUACAACAAAGAAUUCUCUAUGGACUCCGCUUUUUAUGGCAGCAAAGCAAGGGCAUGCUGAUUGCGUUAAAUUACUUCUUGAAGCAGGAGCAGAAGUUGAUGGUAUAAAUAAGCACAAAGCAGCAUGGACUCCUCUUUGGGUGGCAACAUAUGCAGGCCAUGAAAAAUGUGUGAAGCUUUUGCUGGACAAGGGUGCAAAACUAGAAGUGAAAUACCCAGAGACCCCAUUAGUUGUUGCAGCUCGUGAAGGUCAAUUGGAAUGUUUAAAACUGCUAAUAAAAGCUGGUGCUAAUCUUUCUGUCAAAUAUCAUGAUGGACGAGUGCCCAUUCAUAUAGCAGUCAUGAAUGAUUUUCCUGAAAUUGCAAGAGAAUUGGUUGAAGCUGGUUGCCAAGUAAAUAUUGAAGAUGACUUUGAAUGUACACCCCUUUUGUUAAGUUGCUUCCAUGCAAAUGAAGAAAUGCUUGAGAUUUUACUUAAAGCUGGAGCCGACCAUUCAAAAAGAUUUUAUUCGCUUGCCUGUGUUGGUUACACAGCAUUGCAUAUUUGUGCAAGCACAAGCAAAAGAGCAUGCAUCGAAAAAUUAUGGGAAUAUGGAGCAGACUUCAAUGCAAGAACUAGUAGUGGCUCUCAGGCACAAGAAAUUACACCUGAUGAUUCAUGUCGAAAACUUAUCACUCAGUUGCAAGGUACUGUUCGAUCCUUGAAGGAAAUUUGCAGACUGAAAAUACGACAAUUGUUACCAAUUUGUCAAAUUGACGAGGUUGGAAACAUUUAUGGACUUCCACAAGAGUUAAUUUCAUAUCUUAAAUAUGAGCAUUAAUAAUUUUAUAAAUAUGUUAUAUAUGUUAAAUAUGUUAAUAAUUUUAUAAAGGUUGAGAUUUU